AUGCGGUUGUUUCUCCAUCCCGUCCUUUGGAUAGGGCUUUUUUCCUACUACCACCAAGCUUGCGCUCUUUUAGAAGUCUUUGAAGUGUAUCAACCCAUUUCCGUUGCAAGUGAUGGGCACCAUCAAUGUGCAGGAGAAGAGCGCGUCUUAGUGGAUUACGACUUUGGGAAUAGUUAUUCUCUGCCCUAUGUCGGAUUCUAUGAGCCUCCUCGCUGCAAAUUUGACACCGUUCACAUCAACCUUACUGUCACCUCUAAGGGCAGGCAAUAUGAUCGUCUUGCGAUUUUUUAUCUUGGUGAUACUGAAUUGUGGCGCACAUCAACUGCGGAACCAACCAGCGAUGGCAUUGUUUGGACCUAUCUCAAAGACAUGUCACAAUUCAACACCCUCUGGAAAGAGAAGCAAAAGAUAAUAUUUGACCUAGGAAAUAUCAUCACUGAUGUCUAUACUGGGCAUUACAACACAACAUUGACAGCCUAUUUCUCCUACGAGGACAAUGUAAAGACGCCAGAUGCCAUCUUGCCUAUCUCUGCGAGAAGGUCAGUGCAGAAUGCGUCCAGCGACUUUGAGCUUCCAUCGGACAAUGCGACUGUACUUCACCGAUUCCCUCCGAAUACCUCACGUGCUGUCGUUUCAAUCGCCGCCACUGGUCAAUCAACAGAAGAAUUUUGGUGGUCGAACGUCUUUACAUCCGACUCGUGGUCUUUCGAUAAUACCAUCGGGGAGCUGUACGGAUACUCUCCCUUUCGCGAGGUACAACUCUAUAUCGAUGGCAUGAUGGCAGGGGUGGUUUGGCCAUUUCCUAUCAUUUUUACUGGUGGUGUCGCGCCGGGUUUCUGGCGUCCGAUUGUUGGCAUUGACGCCUUCGACUUGAGGCAGCCAGAAAUCGACAUCACCCCGUGGUUACCCAUACUGCUGGACAACAAGACCCAUUCUUUCGAAAUCAGGGUCACAGGUCUCAACAUUUCUGAAGGCGGAGCUGUCACAUUCUCUGAUACUGUUGGGUCCUAUUGGAUCGUGACUGGAACUAUCUUCUUGUACCUGGAUGAAUCCGCACCCCAGUUUUCUCCUGGUCGCAAGCCAAUCUCAAUAGCUCCGCCACCAAAAUUCACAGCGACGCGCAACCUUGUGCAGAAUGCAGCUGGAGGGAAUGAGACAUUGAUUUACUCCAUAACAGCGCAGAGAACCUUUACAGUCCAGUCUACCGAUCAUGCGUGGAGUCAGAACCUUUCCUACUCGAACUAUGGAACUUUGAACCAGCAAGGUCUGAGCCAGAGUAACCUCCAGCAUACUUCUGGCCGUAACCAGCUCAUAGGAAGCAAAGUACUCAACGAUGUCACAUUUGAUUAUCCUUUACUUUGCAACCAGACUUACAAUCUGGACGAUGGGCUUACUAUAAGUGCUUGGAUGCGCAGAGGUCUUGACAUUGAAGCUACAGAAGGCCUAGGGAUCUCAACAUACACUCUUACCUCAGGCCCUCUGAACUUGCACACCGAGCAAAUGGGCACGGCAUUCUACCAAUCAACUUCAAACAAUAGUGCUUCGUAUGGCGAGACAAAAGACGUCUUUGAGAGCGACGCUGAUGGUGUCUCCUAUAGUCGGGAAGUACACGCGGUUAACGGCAGUGUGGUUUAUGACACAGGGAAUUAA